AUGGCGCCGCUCGAGCAGCAAUGGGUUAAAGUCCAGCAGAAAACAUUCACCAAAUGGCUCAACAGCAAGCUCAAGACCCGCGAGGUCGAGAUUGAUGACCUGAUCAAAGACCUGUCCGACGGCAUUGCCCUCAUCCACCUCCUCGAAAUCCUAAGCAAUGAAUCCCUCGGCCGCUACGCCUCGCGUCCGAAGCUCCGCGUGCAGAAGUUCGAGAACGUUAACAAAUCGCUGGACUACAUCAAGGGGCGGGGCAUCCAGAUGACAAACAUUGGUGCCGAGGAUGUUGUCGACGGCAACAGCAAGAUUAUCCUGGGUUUGAUAUGGACCUUGAUUCUGCGCUUUACAAUUAGUGACAUCAACGAGGAGGGGUUGAGCGCCAAAGAGGGGCUGUUGCUCUGGUGCCAGCGGAAGACGGCAUGCUACGACGAGGUCGAGGUGCGGGACUUCUCGACGAGCUGGAAUGACGGGCUGGCAUUCUGCGCCCUCCUAGACAUCCACCGCCCCGACCUGAUCGACUACGACAGCCUAGACAAGAACGACCACCGCGGCAAUAUGCAGCUUGCCUUUGACAUCGCCUCCAAAGAAAUCGGCAUCCCCGACCUCCUCGACGUGGAGGACGUAUGCGACGUUGCGAAGCCCGACGAGCGCUCCCUCAUGACGUACAUCGCCUACUGGUUCCACGCCUUCUCGCAGAUGGAGCGGGUAGAGAACGCCGGUCGCCGGGUCGAGAAAUUUGUACAAAACAUGCACGGGGCGUGGGAAAUGCAGAAUAACUUCGAAAAGCGCAUGCGUGAACUCCUUCGCCAAAUUGCAGAGCAGCAGACGCGGUGGGAGGAGGCUACCUUCGAUGGCUCAUACGUGGAUGCGAAGAACCAGUCGGCCGAGUUCACGGCGUACAAGCGCAAGAAUAAGCGGGCAUGGGUAGCAGAGAAGUCAGAUCUGGUUGGUCUAUUGGGAAACAUCAAGACAAAGCUAUCGACAUACCGUCUCCGCCCCUACGAGCCUCCAGCAGAUCUCAGCCUAGAAGCACUAGACAGGGCAUGGGCGGGACUUAUGAAAGCCGAGCGGGGGCGUUCACAGAUAAUCAACGAGACAAUACGCGACAUCAAGAACGCACUUAGGAAAUCGUUCGCUGAUAAAGCCAACGAUUUCGCACUGGCUCUUAACACACUAGCCACAUCAAUAUCCGGUCUGGAAGGCGAUGUCGAGGACCAGCUCGAACAUACGAAGAAAAUUAGCGAAUCGCUUGCGCCUUUAGAUCAGUACCUGAAGAUAAUAGCCUCGAUAGAUGACCAGUGCGUCGAAGCCAACAUCGAGGAGAACGACUUUACAACCUAUACCUACGAUGAGCUAGAAUAUGAGCUGGGUCUGGUGCGCUCGUCUGUCUCAAAGAAGCUUGCCUUUCUGGAGAACCAGAUGGUUGCCCGCAACAUGACGAAUCUGACACCCAUACAAUUGGAGGAGUUCGAAUCGGUAUUCAGGCAUUUUGACCGGGACGUAUCAAAUUCGCUACAAGAGCUGGAGUUUUCGGCUGCGCUAGCAAGCUUAGGUCUUGUGUACGACGAGGAAGAGAUGCAUCAGAAGUUCCGGGAGACGAGCGGCGGCCGUGACUUUGUCACCUUUGAGCAAUUCAUCCGGUUCAUGGUGGACGAAACGGAAGAUCAGAAUACUGCGGAGCAAGUGUUUGAGUCGUUCAAGGAGGUCGCUGAUGGCAAGCCCUACGUUACCGAGCUCGACCUCCGUCAUUCCCUCGUCCCCGAUGAAAUCAUUGAAGAUCUCAUCUCCACUAUGCCUGAGCACAAGGGCCCCGAUCUGCAAGAAGACCGUAAGGUACCAAAAUACGACUACAUAUCCUACAUGCAGCGAUACAUGGGCGGAGAGCACGGCAACGGACAGGCCAACGGCGACUGAAAGCGCCGUGAAGGUUGAGGAGAUGACGGAGUGCGAACCGUGGGAUCGUGGAUUGCUCUCAACCUGAAUACGACUUUCGCAAGUCAGUGACGCAGAUUUUUGCAUAUAGGCUGCAUCGGCGUCACGGUCUGGGCUUCUCCGUCAGGUUCUCUUCUUGCCUACGCAAGCGUCAGAGCAGCAGCAGGAGCCAGGAGCCAGGAGCCAGGAGCCAAGAGCAACCAGUUGUCUGGGCUUUUUGGUAGGAAAGCGGGUGAGUUUGGAUAACGACGAUGUUGAAGCUUGCUUGCUUAGAUAGAUUACCCGCCGUCAUUGAAUAGCUAUACCCCUUUGCCGCUAAUGUAAUGCUUGCUAGCCCUUCUCCC